AUGUCUAAACAAAAAGUAUCAUACUUUUUCAAUCCUGAUGUUGGAAACUUCCAUUAUGGGACUGGCCACCCAAUGAAACCCCACAGGCUGUCUGUUAUUCACAGUUUGGUGAUGAAUUAUGGACUCCACAAGAAAAUGCAGAUUUAUAGGCCCUAUAAAGCCAGUGCCCAUGAUAUGUGUAGAUUCCAUUCUGAUGAAUAUAUAGAUUUUCUUCAGAAAGUGACCCCUCAAAAUAUCCAAGCUUACACUAAACACCUCAGCCAUUAUAAUGUAGGAGAUGAUUGCCCAGUAUUCUAUGGACUUUUUGAUUUCUGUGCUAUGUAUACAGGUGCUUCACUUGAAGGUGCUAUGAAACUGAAUAACAAUGACUGUGAUAUUGCCAUCAACUGGUCUGGUGGAUUACAUCAUGCGAAAAAGUUUGAAGCUUCAGGCUUCUGCUAUGUGAACGAUAUAGUUAUAGGAAUAUUAGAGUUACUCAAACACCAUCCUCGUGUGUUAUACAUAGAUAUUGACGUCCAUCAUGGUGAUGGGGUCCAAGAAGCUUUCUAUUUGACGGACAGAGUUAUGACAGUGAGCUUUCAUAAGUAUGGCAAUUACUUCUUCCCAGGUACUGGUGAUAUGUAUGAGAUAGGUGCAGAAAGUGGCAGAUACUAUUCAGUGAAUGUCCCCCUGAAAGAGGGUAUUGAUGAUGCCAGUUAUUGGCAAGUUUUCAAACCUGUGAUUUCCGCUGUUAUGGAGUUUUAUCAACCGACUGCCAUUGUUUUACAAUGUGGUGCUGAUUCCCUUGCUAUGGAUCGACUCGGUUGUUUCUCGCUGAGCACCAAAGGCCACGGCGAGUGCGUCAAAUUCGUGAAGAACCUCAACGUCCCCACUCUGGUCGUAGGCGGCGGCGGGUACACUCUGAGGAACGUCGCUCGAUGCUGGACGUACGAAACGUCGCUGCUGGUCGACGAGCAGAUCUCGAACGAGAUGCCUUUCACGGAGUACCUGGAGUUUUUCGCGCCGGACUUUACGCUGCAUCCGGAGGUGGUGACGCGGCAGGAGAACGCGAAUAGCAAACACUAUCUGGAGGCUAUAACGAAGUACACCUUCGAUAAUCUGAAGAUGUGCCAGCAUUCGCCGAGCGUCCAAAUGUGUGACGUGCCAGGACCGGCUCUCGCCGAAGACGAGAAGAUGAAAGAGGACGAAGACCCCGACACGCGGAUCAGCCAAGAGCUAGAGGACAAGAUGGUCGAGGCAAAAAACGAGUUUUACGAUGGCGACAAAGACAACGACAAGGAGGAAGCCAAAACCUAG